AUGAUAGAUUGUGAACUUAUGUCCUACUUUUUGGGCAUUGAAGUGCAUCAACAACUAUUUGUGAUCUUCAUAUCCCAAAUGAAGUAUGCAAAGAAGAUACUCGAGAAGUUCAAGAUAAAUAGUCGCAGUUUGGUGAAUAGGCCUAUUGUAACUAGCCUGAAAUUCUACAAAGAAGGAGAUGAUAGAGUUGUCGAAACAACUCUGUAUAGAAGCUUGGUUGGAAGCUUGAGAUACCUCACUAUCAGUAGACCUGACAUUAUCUAUGGUGUAGGACUGAUAUGGAUAUUUGAUAUCCAUAUACCAUUGGAUAUACAGAGAAUUUGGAAAAGGAAUUUGGGCAGAGAUGACAGGUGCAUCUCUGACCAUGGAAAGAAGGCUAGAUUUCCAUUUCUGGAUGAGGAUGUAAUUAAAUCUCUACUGGAACUUCCCUUGUGGGAGAUUGUUGAACUCGACGAACCUGCUGGAAGAGGUGAUAAAAAAAUUUUGAGGGAGGUUGCAAGAUUGCUUGGCAUUGAAGGAACAUCUCUUCUACCCAAAAGAGCCAUUCAGUUCGGUUCAAGAAUUGCUAGAGAAUCGAACCGAAAGACUUUUGGAAGCAAUCGUGCAGCAAAUCAAGCAUCAGCUGGGAGUGUUGAAAUUUGGGAGAAAUAGACAAUCUCACAACAAAGUUUUGAUUGGUCUCCGAUGGACAUAUAAUCCAAGAAAACUGGUGUGAAAAUAUAUGAAUUGUUUGAC